AUGACGACCACGUCCAUGUUGCACACGUCUGCCACCAGACAACAAACUCUUGCCAUUGUACCUGGCUCCAACGAAGUAGAAAUUUCCGAAAGUAUAAACGCCGCCACGUUCGAAGACGCGUUUGUGCGUGCGACUUCGACGCCGCUGACUGGUCCAACAUCGUUAGAUAUUUUUGUACAGACGGGCACGUCGCAGAAGAAGUGUACUGCGACAGUGCCAAUGAAGGACUAUGUCGUCAAAUUAGAGAUCUUUCCGUAAGUUUAAUAUUUUUUUUUAUUUAUAUUAUAUUUAAAAUAUUAAUAAAUAAAUAUUUUCAGAUAAACCAAAAUCCAGUACGUGCCAAAGAAGGAUUGGUGGAAGCAUGCCUCCAUGAGGGCCCUGGGGACCUUCAGUGCACAAAGUCCGCAUUUCGACGGGGCGAUGCGGGUAGCCAGGGGCAUAUUUGA